AAUCGAUUUCCCACACGAUUCACAGCGACAGCGAUAAUUAUCAAAUCCAUGGCUCGUUUCCUCUCACAAACCCUAAUUCGAACGACAUCGUCGGCAUCGAAUUCCUUGCAGACGUUCAAAUUAGGUAUAUCGAUGGAGCAUCGGUUUUCUAGCCAAUCGGGAAAAGCACAAUUGAUCGAGGUCGAUCUUGAAUCUGAUGGCGAGGUGGAGGUUUUAGGGCUAAGAAAGCUUGAAGAUGCUAUCCACAGUAUCAUCGUGAGGCAAUCGGCGCCUGAUUGGCUUCCUUUCGUUCCCGGUUCAUCUUACUGGGUCCCUCCUCGCCGUCAUCGGCCUGAUUCUCUGGGCAUGAUUAAUGUGCUCAGAAAGUUUAGAAGACGGUCGAGGGAUGCAGAGACAGAAGAGUCCAUGGCUGUUUCUUCGUCACGUGGCUGGCCUUCUUCCGCUUAUUUCUUUGAAGGCACAACCACUAUACAUCCACUGCCUGUGGAGGUGGAAGCAGAGGUGGUUCAUAGCAAUGAGAACAUGUCUGAUGCUGAGGAUGAGGAAGGAUGAACUUGUGUAAUACCAGAGGUCCUGAUCUUUCAAGCUUGUUUCCUGUUGUAGAUAUUUAUAGAGAGACUAAAUUGCUCCGGAGCUGUGGGUUGAAGAAGGUGACACAAAACUUGUUUGUACAGUUGGAGCUUCCGUGGUGUAUUGCACGGAGGCUUGGGGUAGCAGCUCACUGUAGUUUCUUCUGAACUUCUUUAGUUGAUGAUUUAAGGCCCUAUGGAUUUGCAAUUUCAUGCUUUCUGUACGUUCUUAAAAACAUUCUCGUAAGCUAAUACUGUUCCGACCUAAAUAAGAAAGAAUAUGUUAUGUUGUUACACA